AUACUGAUAGUUGCAGUAGUUUCAACUUUCAUUACGUGUGAGGUGUACUAGGCGUGUAUGUAAUAGUGUAUGUGUGACAUAACUAUUUAUGAAAACUUAGUAAAAUAGCGUGAAAUAAUAUGUACUCUUACAUGUUUGCGUGCUUGCUUAUAUUCCUCACAAGUAUAGAAACAUCGUCUGCACUGAGGACCGAACAUGUUCUUGAUUUGCAGAAAACCCGUGUAUGGGGUCCAGGACUAGAAUCGGAUUUUUUCCUACCAGUCCGUUACUUUUUUAUUCAGGCAGUUUCUGAAAAUGGAGAUAAUAUAACAGAAUCCAUAGGGGAGAAACCAUUUGAAGUAUCCCUCAGUUCAGCUGGUCAGAAUAGAGUACGAGUAUAUUUACAGGUACUUGACAAACAAGAUGGAAUGUACAUCGUCAGAUUCCGUAUUUUCAGCACUCUUGAAAACGUGAAAAUCAGCGUCACUUUCAAUGGAAAAGAUGUUGCGCAAUCACCGUAUGAACUACCUGGAUUUAUAUACCCGGAGACGUGUUAUUGUCCGCAGCCAGAUAUUCAGCAAUGGUACAGCAAUAUGAAAUGUCCCGCGUCCUACAAACAGAUCAAGAAUGACCUUUCUCUGUUUAAAGAUGUUGACCUUGAGAAGACAGCCGCUGAAACUAUACAACGAUUUAAUAUAUCAACAGCACAUAGUCUCUGUUAUUACAAGAUAAUAGAUAAUAAGAUAUAUCGUAAAACAUAUGGUCAACAUGUUGGUUUUAAGAUGUUUAGUGAUGCCAUCCUGUUGUCUUUAACAAAGAAGGUUAAACUGCCGGAUCUUGAAUUUUUCGUAAAUCUCGGAGAUUGGCCACUUGAGAAGAGGAAGCGAACUGACAACCCACUGCCAAUAUUCUCAUGGUGUGGAUCUGAUGAAUCUCUAGAUAUUGUCAUGCCAACUUAUGAUCUGACUGAGGCAACACUAGAAAUGUUGGGAAGACAAUCUUUAGAUGUAUUCAGUGUAAUGGGUAAAAGUCCAACCCGCUGGGAGAACAAGACUGAAAUUGGAUUCUGGCGUGGGCGUGACAGUCGACAGGAACGGUUAGACCUGGUGGUGAUGUCAAGAAAAAAUCCUGAUUUACUGCAUGCCAAAAUGACGAGAAUGUUCUUUUUUAAACACGAUGAAGAGAAAUAUGGCGAGCUUGUGAACAAUAUCCCUUUCUUUGAUUUCUUUAAGUAUAAAUAUCAAGUUAAUAUAGACGGGACAGUAGCUGCUUACAGAUUGCCGUACCUACUGGCAGGAGAUUCCGUAGUGCUUAAACAAGAUUCGUUCUAUUAUGAACAUUUCUACAAAGAUCUAAAACCUUACGUGCACUACAUACCAUUCAAGAGAGAUCUCAGUGACUUACUCGAGAAAAUAAAAUGGGCAAAAGAAAAUGAUGAGAAGGUACAUGAAAUUGCAAGGAACGCACAAAACUAUGUUUUGGAAAAUCUUUUACCCAAAGAUAUAUUCUGCUAUCAUGUAAAAUUAUUUGAGACAUAUUCUAAAAGAUUCAAAUCUCCUCCAACCAAACCUGAUGAUUCAUGGGAGUUAGUGGAACAGCCAAAAGAUGAUAGUAAUUGUAACUGUCAAUUGAAGGAACAGCCUUCUAAAAAUAAAUCCAAAACUAAGUCAAAGAAAGAUGAACUUUGAUGAAAAUAGCAAUAUAGAACUAUGCAAUUAGUAAAUGAAAGUAGCUAUGCAAUGUUGUAAAGUCAUGGUGCAUAUUUUGUUACAGUAUUUUUUAUACAGAUAUAUAGAAUUAUACUUAUACAUUAAAUUGCAAAAGACCUUUUACAAAAAGGUCUAUAGAUAUUUUUAUUUUAUCUGAGCACAAGAAA